AUGAGAUUGCGUGUACAAGCAGACCGUUGUGGUUUUGGAGACAAGAUGGAAGAAUACGUGAAAGAUCAGGUCAUUGAAAAUUGCCAAUCCGCUUCAUUACGCCGAGAAUUACUUAAGCAAGGUGCUAGCCUUGACAAAAUAGUGAGCGUAGCCAAAAUUUUUGAAACUGUUACGUAUCAAGAAAAAUUAUUCGCUGAUAACAAAGAACAAGUUGAACAGGUGCAUAAAAUCGAAGAACCUCAGUAUGGCAAGAAAAGAAAAUUUCUUGAAUCAAGUCAACGGGAGUGUCAUCGAUGUGGAUACUCAGGACACCUUGCAAAAGAAAACAAAUGUCCAGCAAAAGGAAAAUUGUGUAACAAAUGUGGUGGCAGAGACUACUUUGCAAAGAAAUGCCGUACCAAGCAGUCAGACUAUACAAGAAAAACAUAUUCAAAGCAGGACCGCAACUACAUCGCAAGUAAUAACAAAGGAGACCAAAAACCAAGCAUUGUAAACCACAUCGCCAAUGAAAACACAGAAUAUGUUUUUCAUCUAACUAAUUCAGGCAACAACAGCGAAGUAAAAUGUAAUGUUGGUGGUGUUCCGACCGCAGUAAUAGAUUCGGGAUGCAAGUACAAUUUAAUCAGCAAGGUAACAUGGGAGGAGAUGAAAUCGCAACAUGUUCACGUGACAAAUCAACGACGCGAAACUGCGCUUGAUCUUAAAGCAUAUGGGGGACAAUCUUUGUCACUGAUCGGCAUGUUUACAGCUACGAUCUCACUGGGCAUGGCUAAAACAGUUGCCGAUUUUUACGUCGUAGAAGGAAACGGAAAAACUCUUAUCGGCCGUGAUACUGCCACCUUCAUGGGCGUUUUGAAAAUAAGCAUACCAGUAAAUGCAGUUGAAAACACAAAAGGGAAAUUGGGAACCAUUAAUAAUAUCGUUCUGGAUUUGACUUGGACUGGACUGGACUUGAAUUUGAAUUAUUUUGUAACACUUGAAAUUAGGUAGAGAUAUCGGAACAAUCUCGAAGCAUAACAACAUUCAUCACACGAAGAGGCUUAUUCCGCUAUACACGACUUAUGUUUGG